AGGCCGAGAGUUUCAGUUGGUACUUGGUUGCAAGAUAGUCAGCUUGUAUGUUAUAUCAGCGGGAUCAAUUACGUCAUAUUUACCCUGUAUUCUGAAGGCAAGAAUUCCAGAUUCUGUUGUUCAGUCAAGAUGUGGCUGUGGGUUGCUGCAACCACGGUUGGCUUUGUGAUCGUGGUCAAGGUCGUGUACACCUUGCGCUCAGGGAGAUGUCGGUCCGAAGUCAAACUCGUCGGCAAAACAGUCAUCGUUACAGGCGCUUCUGCAGGAAUUGGCAAGGAAACCGCAAGGGACUUGGCUGAAAGAGGAGCCCGUGUCAUACUUGCUUGCAGGAAUCUAGAGAAAGCACAGAAGGUUGCAGAUGACAUCAUCAACACCACAGGCAAUGGGCAGGUGUUGGUACGUGAACUUGACACCUCAGACCUCAAAUCCGUCAGGAAAUUUGCAAGGGAGAUUCUUGCUACAGAAAAGCGUCUAGACAUCCUGGUAAAUAAUGCAGGAAUGUCUGGUCCAAAGACAAAAAAAAUCUCAAAUGAUGGUUUGGAGUUAACACUGGCAACCAACCAUUUUGGUCAUUUCUUGUUAACCAAUAUGUUAUUAGGACUGCUGAAAUCUAGUAGUCCCAGUCGCGUAAUUAAUGUGAGCUCGGCUGCUCACUACUUUUGCAAGGAAUUAAACCUCGACAUCAACUUCGACAAGAAGCCAUAUCCUGGUUCACUCUUUGUCUAUAGCCAGUCCAAACUCGCCAACAAUCUGUUCACUCUAGAAUUGUCAGAAAAAAUAAAAGACACAGGUGUUACUACAAAUUGUCUUCAUCCUGGUGUUGUUAACACAGAAAUCAUACUGAAGGAAAAUACGAACUUCCUUAACUACAUCUUUGCAUUCUUUUUCUGGAGUAUGGGCAAGGAUGAGAAGUUAGGAGCACAGACAACCAUCCACCUUGCAGUGUCAGAAGAUGUUGCAAGUGUGUCAGGAAUGUAUUAUACAGAUUGUAAGAUCACCAAGCCCUCAAAUUUAGCCAGUGAUAAGGGAUUAGCCAAAAAGCUGUGGGAGGUCAGUGAAGAUUUGGUUGGACUCUCCCAGGAAGAGAAGAACUACUAGAUGAGAAAUGAAUCAUUUUGCAGCAAAUAAUGCAUCUAGACUUUCCAAUAAUGUCUGUAGUAUGACAAUAUGUUACAGAUGUGUUAUAGAUUCUCCUUACAGCUAGUUGAGGAAUUUUCCUAGGGGUGUAGUGAUUCUGUAUUUUAAGAGGAUAUCUUGAAAAUGCUGUAUUAAUAACUAUAACAGGAUUUAGAUUUUACUAUUAGUAAAGAAAAAAAAAGAAAAAAAUCCUUGUUACAAAUACUGGUACAAUUUGUUUUUAGAAUCCUGUGGUAAAAACAAGGACCA